CUAACUCCACCAUAUCCGACAGAGCCGCUGCCACGAUCGACAACCAAAGAUGCAGCUUCGGUGGCCACGGCUGUCCAUGUCAUUGGGACGGAGCGUGCAGCCCUAGCCCACCUGGAGCAGCUCUACCAAACAGAUCAACUGGCGCAGGAGAAUCUCGGACGCGCCGUGAGUCAAAUUGCGCGCAGUAUGCGCAACGGCGGCAAGGUGGUUGCAUGCGGGGUUGGAAAGAGUGGCAAGAUUGCUCGCAAGAUCGAGGCGACGAUGAAUAGCGUGGGCAUCAAUAGUGCUUACUUGCAUCCGACGGAGGCAUUGCAUGGUGAUCUAGGGAUGGUUCGACCGAGUGAUACCCUCCUGUUGAUUUCGUUCUCCGGUCGUACUUCAGAGCUUCUCCUGCUUCUUCCUCAUAUUCCGCAAUCUAUCCCAGUCAUCGCUAUUACAUCUCAUUUGCAUCCGUCAACAUGUCCUCUACUCUCGUUCCAUCCAUCCGAGAUGGGUAUCCUCUUACCGGCCCCCAUACAUGAAGACGAAGAGUCCUCCAUCGGACUAUCUGCCCCGACUUCCUCUACAACGGUAGCCCUAGCUUUGGGGGAUGCAUUGGCUAUCGCUACAGCUCGACGACUACACACUACCCCAGGGAGAGGCCCAGCGGAGGUCUUCAAGAGCUUCCAUCCAGGCGGUGCAAUCGGGGCUGCAUCCAAUAUCUUGACGCCCAUGAGUAUGUCGGCAACCUCCUUCAGUUCGACUUCAUUGGAUGACCUCCAAAGCCUCCCACCAUCAAUCUCUACUCAUAAUCAUUUACCCCCAGCCACUUCUUCAGACCAAAAAUUAUCACCACCAAUCUCUGAUAUUUUAGUCCCUCUCGACCAGAUCCCAACUGUAUCACCAUCUUCUUCCUCCUCAUCAAAAACUUCAUCACCAUCCAAUAUCCGCUUCCUAGACAUUCUCCUCACAGCCAUCCAAAACCCAGCCGCCAAAUCAUGGGUCUUCCUCUCUCCAUCGGAAAUCAUCCCACCCCGACAUAUCCGCUCUCUCUCCCAACACGGAAAUAACACGGACAUUCCCGUGUCCGACCUGGGCACUGUAAAGGGUUUGCCCUUCUCCAUCCACCGGGACGAUUGGCUUACGAUUCCGGGAUCGAGAACAGCCCCAAUCGACGACAUCCGUCGACUCAUUUCCCAGGCGAGGGUAGAAACCGGUGCACCGGUUAGUGUUGUUGCUCUUAUGAGUGAGAAGGAUCGGGGGGUUUGUUUGGGAGUUUUUGAGGUGGGGGAUCUUUGGGAUGACUGU